AUGGCGACUAUUUCGCCGUCCCCGCCUCAAACGAUUGAAUGUGGAAACUCGAGACCAGUGGCCUGUGCCAACUGUCGUCAACGGCGGUCGUACUGCUCCAAGGAAAAGCCGACGUGUUCUCGAUGUCGAGACAGUGGCCUUCGCUGCACCUAUGAGGAAACUAGGAAGAUCACCAUCACGGAGGCCUACUUGAGAGACCUCGAAGCCAAGGCAAAGGCCUAUGACGAGUCUGUCGCGAAACAGUCGCAAGCCGCAGCAAACACAAAGGCCCAUCGCAAUGCAACCGAAGAAAACGGAGAAGAGUUUGAGGAUGGGCACCCCUUGCUCGAGCCGUUCAAUCAGCUCAGCGUUCACAACCCGUCGACGAGUUUCAAAGGCCCCGGGAACUCGGACAACUUUUUGCGCAGUGUGAGAAAGCUUUCGGGCUUCUACGGCGACGACGGCAGUCUGGAUGCAAACACAAACUUCUACGAACCCAGCGCUUUGCCCUCGCGGCGGGAGAAGGCGAGAACGCAAGUCCGACUACCGCCAAUCGACAUCGCCCGGCGACUCUUUGCCGCACAAUACACCUACAUCGGUACGAUCUUCGCGUUCACCGAUCCCAAGGCCAAGUUUGAUCAAUCCCUUAUCGAGGCAUAUCGCGGGCCGCCUGAUCCUUCCGACAGAGAAGCGUGCCUUUCCUACGCGAAAGUGCUCAUCAUCUUGGCCUUUGGCCAGCUGUACUCUGUCAAUCAGUGGGUCGACUUCAGGGGCCCGCCAGGUUUCGACUACUUCACUCACGCACUGAAUCUGUUGCCAGACACGCACGAAGAGGGCUCGAUCCUUUGCGUUGAGACACUGGCCCUCAUCGGAUAUUUCAUGCAAAACAUGAACCGACGCGAUGCUGCGUUCCUCUACACCGGCAUGGCUCUUCGUAUGGCCAUAUCGCUAGGUUUGCACCAUGAAAUCGGGUACAGUCCAGUCCAGCAUCCAUUGCAAGGCCAGGAAGCGAGCUUGACAACACUAGAUGAUGCGACCCGUGAGCAUAGACGGCGGGUCUGGUGGUCCGUCUACAGCCUGGAUCGCAUCUUGUCUGUGAAAUCCGGCAACCCCAUCACCAUUCAAGAGGAGGAUAUCGGCGUGGACCUUCCUUCCAGACUGCCUAAAGAAGCAGAGUAUUGUCCAGCUGUGGUGUUGCGGCAUUACACCGAGCUCUCCCGGAUUCUCGGCGAAAUCCACAACACCAUCUACCGCAAAACAAGCAAGACGGCCCCGAAGUCUGGGAAACGCUUGAUGGCCUCGGUUCAGAGCAUCGUCUUGAGUCUCUCGAAAUGGAACCGCGAAUUGCCGGACGAGUUGCGCUUCGACCCUGCACGCUUAAGCAUCAGUCGUGAGAGCGUCAGCACUUUCGCUCAUUACUACCAGUGUAUCAACAUGACCGCGAGGCCGCUGCUCUUCCAUGUCGUCCAGAAACGGUUACAGAGGAUUCGCAGCAGCGACGAUCCCGGAGAGAAGGAGCGGGACUGGAAAGAGGGAUUGUCGCAGACGACGGUUAGGGUUAUUGACAUGUGUAUUGGUGCGGCACAGGACUCGAUCAACAUUAUGACUGUUGCAGCGCAGAGAGACCUCGUCGCAACAUAUGGAUACAUGGACGGAGAGCAUGUCUUCUCGGCUUCGAUAGUUCUCGUCAUGGUUUGCGUUGCAUUUCCUACCGACGCUUCCAACAUCCUGGCCAUGAAUGCCGGGCUCGAUCUCCUGAAAGGGAUGGGGGAACGUGGGAACAGUUACAUGGGGGCCCGGUACGAGCUCCUCGCCAACCUGCGCCCUACUGCCAUGUCAGGAAACAAUGCCCAGCCUUUGCCCUUGCCUCCAUUUCCGACCAGCUUCUCGCCCACGGACUCGAUGAUGCCGACAGGGCCUGGCUCUGCACAGGUUUCCACCAUUCCAACAACGAUGGGAGACGGCCACGGCAAUCUUACCACAAUGCAAGGGGUCCUCAGCCAGCGGGUGACGUUUCCGGUGGUUGACAACAGCUCACUCGGCGAGCCCUUUUACGACGAGAGCGUGAGCACGGUGAUGGACUUUGGGCUGUGGGAGGAGGGCUUCGCCGACCCAGCCAUGGACGCGAGCUUUGAUUUUUCGCAAUGGACACAAACAGCUGGCAUGGCUCAAGCCGAUGAUAGGAUGGACGUGUAA